ACGGCCGGCCGUGUCCCCGCCCCAUGGACGGGACGGGCUUGGGCCGUGGCGGCGGCGGGUCCCGGUGCUGCGGGGCCAUGGACCUGCACAUCCUGGAGCACCGGGUGCGGGUGCUGAGCCUGGCCCGCCGCGGGCUCUGGCUCUACACGCACCCGCUGCUCAAGCUGCUCUUCCUGCCCCAGCGCUGCAGGUGCAAGUUCUUCAGCCUGACGGAGACCCCCGAGGACUACACCAUCAUGCUGGACGAGGAGGGCUUCCAAGAGCUGCCGCCCUCCGAGUUCAUGCAGGUGGCGGACUCGACGUGGCUGGUGCUCAGCGUGGUGUCCAACGGGCGCGAGCCCCCCGGCUGCCAGGCCACCGGCGUCACCAAGAUCGCGCGCUCGGUCAUCGCGCCGCUGGCCGAGCACCACGUCUCCGUGCUGAUGCUCUCCACCUACCAGACCGACUUCAUCCUGGUCCGGGAGCGCGACCUGCCGGUGGUGAUCCACACACUGGCCGGGGAGUUUGACAUCUAUAAGGAGGAGAGCGGUGAAUGCGUCCCCGUCACCUGCGAGGAUGUGAGCAAUGGGUUCCUCAAGCCCAAGCUGGCUGCCAGCCCCACACUGCACCCGGUGCAGAGCCCCCAGACCCGCUUCUGCAUCCUGACCGUGGCCCCCGACACGCUGCCCGCCAUCGCCACCAUGCUCAUCGACGUCCUCUUCUACUCCCACAGCCCCCCGCGGGAGGCUGGCGCUGCCAGCCCGGACCUUGACUCCAUCACCUUCUUCGCCUUCUCCCUCAUCGAUGGCUACAUCUCCAUCGUGAUGGACGCCGAAACCCAGAAGCGGUUCCCCAGUGACCUGCUGCUGACCAGCUCGACGGGGGAGCUGUGGCGGAUGGUGCGGAUCGGGGGGCAGCCCCUCGGCUUUGACGAGUGCGGCAUCGUGGCGCAGAUCGCGGAGCCGCUGGCUGCUGCCGACAUCUCUGCGUACUACAUCAGCACCUUCAACUUCGAUCACGCCUUGGUCCCUGAGGACGGCAUCGCCGAGGUCAUCCAGCUGCUGCAGCAGCGCCAGGACAGCAGUAGAUAGUGGCCGGUUGUACCCAUGCCGGGGUUGGGGGGGUGCCCCUGCCCCUCCUCACCCCACGUAUUCCUUAGUUUUAAUGUUAAGGCUCCCCAUGGUGUGGGGCAGAUGCGGGUGCAGCACCGCUCCCUGCCUGCUGGGGAUGUGGGGACCCGGUGGCCUCAUGGCAAUGGGACAGUGGUCCUGCUGUGCCAUCCCAUGCCUCCAUCCCUGCUAGGGGGCUCAGGAGGAGAACGGAUGUCCCCAGGGACCUGCUGGAGGAGGGGACAUGGAGGGGACAUGCCGCAGAGCAGUGAUGGGGGUGACAGCCCAGGAUGUGUCCCCAUGACCCGUGUGUGCCCCUACGGGUGGUCCCCUCGGGUGGGAAGUGGCCGUGAUGCUCUGGAGCACCCCUGGACCAGCCCCAUCUUGGUGAAAAGCCUCCCUGGAGCUGGGCUUCCCCCUGGCAUCCCAAAGCUCCCCAUAGUGGGGCCCGGUGUCCCCUCCCCGGUGGCUGUCGCCUGUCGUGGUGACCCCAGCUCUGCCAAGCUGCAUUUCCACGGAGUUUAUUGAGGAGUC